CUAGGCGCGCGCUCGCACAUCUACUCCCAAUUUGAAUUUUACCGCGAAUUUUAAUAGAAACGCGCGUUUUUUGUUAAAUUUGUGAAAAAACGUGAACAUGCCUCUGAAAUAACAAUAUAUGGGGUAUAAAAUGAGUUUGGGUCAGUGGUUUUUGGUCAGUUGUUUAGUGUUUCAAACUGUUGCUAGUAUUGACUAUGACGGGAUAGAAAGAGAUGUGGAACGGCAGUGUAUCGAUCACUGUCCAAGUAGACAGAAUCGAACAGACCUGGGCCACUACGACUACACUUGCGACUACACGUGUAACCUGAACGAGUGUUCUAAAGGAUGCACCUUAUGGAAAACGGCCUUAUCCAACUCCUGUCAACAUGCAUGCAAAAAACUGGCGGGGAAUUCAAGUGCGGACCGACUCAGUCAUCGAGAAAUCCUUUGCAGUAUCGGAUGCAAUGACGCGAUCGGAAGAUACUUCAAUCAAAUACGUCACGUUAUCGGAAAACCGCCCGCUCCGGCCCUCUUAGACAAUUCCCUAGGACCUACCUCACUUAAACUCGAAUGGAGAUGUCCAGAAAUAUCCACAGCAAGACUAACCUUCCGUUGCCAGUGGCGGUACGAAGAAAUAGCAACUACCUGGCAGUACUGCAACGCCUCCUGGAAUCCCGAAUCCAGUUACUUUUUGGUCCAAGGGUUGCAGCCAUAUACAAAAUAUAAGUUCCGGGUAGCUCUAAAUUUAGGAAACGACCACGGCAACUCGAUCUACUCGGAAACGAGCGUGAUCAUAGCCACGUUCGCGUCGGGUGUUCCGGCCUCGCCCCCGGUACAGCUCAGGGCUUUUCCGGUAGAUGCACAUACGGUCAGCGUUAAUUGGGAACCGGGACCCUUCCCCCACGGACCUCUCCUUUCCUACGUUCUCCAGAUCACCGAUAGCUCCAAUAGCUCUUCGGGAGGGUUCGUUGCCCGAUCCGAAGUCAAGGACGUUCCACCCACAAAAACAUUCUAUGACUACCGUAACUUACAACCCAAUACGAACUACACCGUCUCAGUACAAAUGCGGAAUAGUUUUGGAUCCGGUCCAGCGAGUUCCGUGCAAGUUUCCACCCCAAAAGAGCAACAAAUUGCUCAGAACCAGAAACCGAUCCUGAUCCUCGGGACUCAGUACGGAAUAUUUCAGUUGGAAAACCUGCUUGGCGAUAGUUUGCAUUUAUUUCAUUCCGACGAGACACCUAUUGAAGGUGUAGGUAUCCACAUUAGCAAACAACUGUUAUUCGUCUCGGAUGCCAAUGGAUCAGUAUGGAGAAUCCCGAUCGAGCAAGAAACCAAAAACAAAACCAGAAUACUGGCUCCCGAGCAUCUGGACUUUUAUCCACUGGAUAUCUCGGUGGACUGGCUCAAUGAUCAGCUGUACAUCCUCGGUGAGGUGAAACCCAGAAUUUAUCCAGGAAAAUAUCUGAUUAAGAAGUGUAACUUAGAUGGCUCUGGAUUAACCGUGGCCAUAGCGGGACUAAUUAAAAAACCUACUGCCGUAGAAAUAGAUCCUUGCAAUGGUUAUUUGUUCUGGAACAUACGGGAUUGGACCAACGGAGGGAUAUUUAGUUUAGAUAUCUCGGAUAUCAGUAAUGGAGUCAAGCACGAUGUCAAAGCUAAGCACAUUUUAACGCAAUCCAACUUGGGAGCUUUUAUUGUGGAUUAUAUUAAUUUCAAGCUGUUUGUGUCAAAUCAGACCAAUAGUACCAUAUUGGAUGUAUCUUUGGAUGGUAAAGACAUCAAAGACAUCAGAAGGAACGUGGUCCAAUCGAAACUGCAAAGCGUCCUCUCUUUGGCGACGAUCAACAAGAUAUUCUACUGGACCGACGGCAGUAACGUGUACAACGAGGAGCAUUUCGCGCCGAGCAACUUGUACUACCACAAUAAAAUUUCCCUUUCCAGUUUGGGAAAGACGAGCUUCAAGAAGAUCCUGAUCAACUCGAACGGUACGCAGCCCUGGCCGAUCCCGUUGAAUCCGCCCACCAAUUUGCAGGCGAUUUUUGGGAAAACCGUUGCCAAGGCCAAAUGGUUACCGCCGCAUUUGCUUGGAUUACAAGGAAGAGGGGCGUGGCAAAACUGGUCCUACGAAAUCUCCGUGCAGGAUUUAUCGACGAACACCAUAAACACCUACACAACAUCCGCUCCAUCCCUCAGCAUAACCAACCUGACGGAAAACACGCGAUACCUGCUAAAAGUGCUCGCCUACACCAAAUCGGGUAAAGGCCCUUGGUCGACGGAAUUCAAGGGCAGCACCCUGGAUAAGACUCGAAAUCCGAUCAUAAUUUGGUCGGGAACCGAAGGGCUGUUCAAAACUGACGCGGCCAUCGAGAAUAUCCAGACUUUACUCCAUAAAACCCGGAUGAGAAACGUCGGAUUUAUCGGGAUGACUUGGUAUCAAGACCAAGUGUAUAUGGUAACUAAUAGCAGCAAUGUCUACUGGUACAAUUUAACCUCAAACAAACAUGGAAGACUCGUGGAUAUCGAUUCUGUGGGAAGCAUCGCGGUAGACUGGAUCGGAAAGAAGCUCUAUUGGUCCAAUUUGAAACAGCAACUGAUCAUCCGCAGUAAUUUGAAUGGCAGUCAGCAAGAACCCUUGCCGAUCCUGACUUUGGCAAAGGAAUUACGCAUUGAUUCGAUUAAAGGUUACUUGUAUUGGUCCAGGGAGUAUGACGUCGAAUGUGCACACCUCAACGGUGACGAUAAGAUGGACUAUGAUCGACUCGAACCGUUUUCUGGAAAGCAAGUAAUGGGUCUCACGUUAGACCUCGACGGUCACCACGUUUACUGGAUAGUUCGAGGUUCGGAUGGUUCUCAUCUAUUUCGUGCUCUCAUGAUGGGCUACGGAGACUCUCGCGGUAUUUUCAAGACCAGAGUGGCACUCCUGCAAAGACCGGACACCCAAGGUCCCUUGUCCUAUUUUAACAAUCGCCUUUUAUGGUUGCAAGAUGAGAGAAAUGCCGUCAUUAGUGACCUGGAUGGGAAGCAUAUGGCCACUGUCAGUGGGAAAUCUAUAUGGGGACUGAAUCUGGUUUAUGUGGUGGAUAAAACGUUACAUUCUUGGCCCGGCAAUAUGACAGAUAAGCAGGAAACGAUCAACAUCGUUCCGGAAAAAAUAAAUCGGGAAUCUGUAAAAGCUAUUGGGUCAUCGGAGUCCUUUAACAUCACCUGGGAUCCGGUCAAAAAUGUUAAUUAUGGAACGGUGUUCUAUGAAAUCCAGCUGGACGGUUUGCCCGCUAAUAACGCUUCUAUAAUCACCACCGAACCGACGAUCAAAUACUGGCGCGAAGUCACCCCUUUCACCCCCCUGAACGUGACUGUGAGGGCGUUCACUUAUUGGGCCUCCUCGCCGCAGAUCCGGACUGUGAUAUUUUCACCGCCGUCCACACCAUCCGCCCCAAGGAACCUUAGGACCUACGUGACCUACGAGCACAAUAAUUCCUUAAAAGGCGUCAAUAAUUUUUCUAUAACCUUUAGGUGGGAUCCACCGUUGUUUCCCAACGGGAUAUUGCACGGCUAUAAUGUCAGAUGCUGGAAUAUGGUAAAUCAGACCGAAAACGUGUUGUGUAAUGAUUUGAAGAGGACUGCCAAGCAAACCGAGUUUGUACUUAAGAACCUGAAUGAAAGUCAUGUAUAUUAUUUCCAGGUGCAAGCCUUCACAGAAAUAGGAACCGGAACAAUGUCUCCGCCCAUCCCGGUAGACUCCGAGAAAGAAUCUCCAAUACCAACUCUACUGAUCGCAUCUUCCGAUACUAUUUACGUGGACGACAUUGACGCGAAUCAGAAUCAUCCGCUUGUAAAUGGCAUAAACGCCCCCCUGGAAAUUGCUUAUCUUAUGCGAGAGAACAAACUGUUCUGGAUCAAUGAGCUUCAAGAGCUACUGAUGUACCAUCUGAAUUCCGCUAAUAAAACAAAAAUCGUUGACCUAAAGGGUAAACCUGGAGGACUCGCGCUAGAUUGGUUGGAGAGGAGCAUUUAUUACGUCGAGGAAAUCGUUAAUGAAACGCUGAUUUAUAAAAUUGAUAUUAAUCGUAUGGAUAAGGGUGAGGUGCGGAACGUGAUGGUGUAUGCAACGCCGAACAACAUUUCCAAGAUUGAAAUAUCACCGUUCACAAGAAAAAUGUAUUGGAUCGAAAGCGAUCGUGUUGGAAAUAAGGUUAUGUAUGCGAACCUGGAUGGUAGCGAUGUAGAGGAGUUUUUCGCCAGCGAGAGACGUAGAAGGCACAUAAAUCUGGAUACGGAUCGGGACACGAACGAUAUUGAGUGUAAUUGCCCUGAGGAUCUUCAAAUAGGUUCGACCUUCACCAUCGACCAUUCGACCAUCAAGAAACCUUCGUUGAUAUUCAUCGAUUCCGAUACCAAAGAGUUAUUUGCUACUGAUAAAACCGGUUGUCUAUGUACUGUUAUCGCUAACAACAGUUUUAUAAGCGAGUCGUUUCCGCUGCAAAAGAUCCGAUCGGACUUUGGCUCGAUUUAUUGGACGAACUUUGAAGGAGAACUGUACGCUUUCAAGAAAAGUGACUCGAAUUUACUGAGCAGACCUGUCAAGGCCACCGACGUGCAUAUUUAUGGAAAUCACAUGCAACCUUACCCACCUAAAGAUUGCCUCAGUCCCAAACAGUUUUCCAACUUUACCCCGACUAUAAAAAGGAAAUCUUAUGAGUCUCUCACCUUGAAAAUGCCAAAAAUUGAGUUCGAUUCUGGAUGUACGAAUACAUCAACUCCUACAGUCAUAUACACUAUUAAGUAUAAUGAACUGUUGCACCCGGAAGGUUCUUCCAGUUAUCUGAGCACUUUUAAUGAGACCGUGGAACUGCUGGAUCUGAAACCUUUUACUGAGUAUGCAGUGACUGCUGCAGCGAGCAAUCAUUUCACUAGGCCGGAGGAAGUGGUGUUCUGGAAACCGUUGAUUACCAGAACAUUACCCGGAGCCCCUUCAAAGCCCCGUAACGUUUCCGCAUCGGUUUUACACCCAACUCUGGCCCGCGUCAAUUGGAUACCCCCGGAACAACUAAACGGCGAAGUGAUCCAUUACGAGAUCCAUUGGCUCACGAAAGGUUCCUUAACCGGUGUGACCCAGCGGGGAGAACAGCCAGUAAACGAACUGAAAUAUCUGGAGAACAGCACCACGAUCUUAACCGCUCUACUUCAACUUAGUCCCAACGAGGUCUACGCGAUCUGGAUAAGGGCCUGCAGCGAAUCGAAGGAGGUGUGGUCGGACAGCGAUCGGGUCCAAAUCACCACUUAUCCCGAACCGGAGAGUUUUAAGCUGGUGAAUAGGACGUCGCAGAUUUUGAAUUUGACGUGGGAAACUGCUCCGCAUAUUAGGAAGUACUUGGUCGAGUACGCCCCCAUUACCUCGACCAACGGUUGGUUGUUGGCUACUAAUGGCACUUUGAUGAAAUACGACGAGGAACUGGUGAACAUCGUUGUGGCAAACUUGAGUCCGAAGACGCAGUACAAGUUUAAGUUGUCCUUGUUGUACGAGCAGUAUCCUGAGUGGUACGUGUGUCCGUCCGAUGCCAGGUUUACAUUUGAGACACUUGCCGAUCGUCCAAACCCCCCGGGCACCCCCGGCAUCCAGUUCUUCGGCUCUAACAUGUACAAAGUGGUGUGGGAGGCUCCAAGGGACAACGGGGCCCCCAUCACUCUAUACUCGCUGGAAAGUAUGGCAACGAAAACGUAUAGGGAUAAGAGGAGCACCGGUGAAACUCAUAAUAGUAACAAUCGGAGUGCGUGGUUCUACACUGCUCCUUCUGUUGAAAUAGAAACGUUUAAAUGGGACCAAGUGUAUAACGGGACCGAAAAUUCAUGGAUAAUAACAAACUUAAGUGACCAGUACAAAUACUCAUUUCGUGCAUUGGCUUUGAAUUCUUACGGAUGGAGCGAUCCCAGUGCGGAAAGUGCUCAAUUCGACUAUCUCGAGGCGGAGAGAAUGUCCCAGAAGAAUCCCAUGAAUCUCAUAUUUAUUGCCACCUUUUUGCCCAUAUCUAUUUGUAUCAUUAUCGUGAUAUGUUUCAGUUACGUUACUUACUCACGUCGUUGCAGCAAACAAAAGAAAAUCGAGCACGUGGUAGCGAUUCCAAGAGGUCCAGACGUAGAACUGGCCACGUUAAGAGAACUGCCACGUCGCGGUGUGCACAGCACCAACAUCCUCUACGUAUCAGCCGCACCGAACGGAGAAGACAUCACCAUGUUGCCCCACAUACGUCGAGACCAAAUCACCCUCACGAAAUUCUUGGGUAGCGGUGCCUUCGGCGAGGUGUUCGAGGGCAAAGCGAAGGGUUUGAAUAGUGGUGCAUUUGAAACUAAAGUGGCAGUAAAGACGUUAAAGAAGGGCGCGUCCGAUCAGGAAAAGUUGGAGUUUUUGCAAGAGGCUCAACUGAUGAGCCAUUUUAAGCACGAGCACAUCUUGCAACUGUUGGGCGUGUGCCUGGAUAACGAUCCACAUUUUAUUAUUAUGGAACUUAUGGAGGGAGGGGAUCUGUUAACUUAUUUGAGGGAUUCCAGAGGAGGUCUGCACAAUACACCUUCACUCGUCCUAAAUGAUUUACUAAAGAUGUGCCUGGACGUAUCCAAGGGAUGCAAAUAUUUAGAGGAGAUGCAUUUUGUACAUAGAGACUUAGCCUGUAGAAAUUGUUUAGUAUCAUCCGUGGAAAGCGAGCAUAGGAUAGUGAAGAUUGGCGAUUUCGGAUUGGCCAGGGAUAUUUACAAGAACGACUACUACAGAAAGGAAGGGGAAGGACUUUUACCUGUAAGGUGGAUGGCGCCAGAAUCCCUACUAGACGGCGUGUUCACCUGUCAAUCGGACGCAUGGGCUUUUGGAGUUUUACUGUGGGAAAUAAUGACGUUGGGACAACAACCGUAUCAAGCGCGAAGCAAUUUGGAGGUGCUGCAUUACGUGCGGGCAGGAGGAAGAUUGGGAAAGCCGACUGAUUGCCCAGAUAAUCUGUACAAACUGAUGCUCAAAUGUUGGGCCUUGGAGCCAGAACAGAGACCAACGUUUAAAUAUUGCCUGGAGGUGCUGGACCAUGAGCAUAGAGAGCAUCUAAGGAAUCCGGUUACUGCGGCACACUCUCAAUAUAUCAGCACCGUUCCCGAUCUAUUCGCUGGGAUCUCGAAUGCUGCAUAUUUUCUCGACGAAAAUGAAAACGGCUCAGGGGUGUCGUGGAAAGGCGAGACAGACGACGAUCCCAACAAAGAACGGACACCAUUCCUGGCAAACAAACCCCAAGAAAUUCCGAAAUACUUGGAAUUACUUUACGAACCUGAGAAUGAGAUCGCCGUGGAGAACGACGGGUACGAAGUUCCUAACAGCAUGGUGGAUCAAGAGGAGGGUGCCCUUACGCAAGCAGAUGCCCCCCAACCUAUAGAAAGUGAAUAAAAAUUACUUUAGGGGUUAAUCCAUAGCUUACAACUUCCUAUAAUUAAUAGGGUCUCGCUUAUAAUUUAUUAGAAAGAAAAAAUGCGCUUUGUACAUUUUGUCUGUAUAUAUAAAAAAAAAUGAAUUACAAUGUGAUGUUAAUUCGUAGAUUUAAGUGUUUGUUAAAGCGUUUUCAUUCGGCGAACAUAUAAUUAAGCCGAGUGGGAACUUUGUUAUUUAUUUUAUAAAUAAAUGACCAUAGUAUCUGUAAGUGUUUGUACAAAUUAUAUAAUAAACAGGUUAAAUAAUAAAUUUAAAAA